AUGGCGGACAGAGACAGCGGCAGCGAGCAGGGCGGCGGCGGCGGCGGCGGCGGCGGCGGCGGCGGGGGCGCGGCGGGCGCCGGGGGGCCGGGCUCGGGCGGCGGCGGCGGCGGGCCGGGCGGCGGGCUGCAGCACGAGACGCAGGAGCUGGCCUCCAAGCGGGUGGACAUCCAGAACAAGCGCUUCUACCUGGACGUGAAGCAGAACGCCAAGGGCCGCUUCCUGAAGAUCGCCGAGGUGGGCGCCGGCGGCAACAAGAGCCGCCUAACGCUCUCCAUGUCGGUGGCGGUGGAGUUCCGCGACUACCUGGGCGACUUCAUCGAGCACUACGCGCAGCUGGGGCCCAGCCAGCCCCCCGAGUUGGCGCAGGCGGCCGACGAGCCGCGCCGGGCGCUCAAGAGCGAGUUCCUGGUGCGGGAGAACCGCAAGUACUACAUGGAUCUGAAGGAGAACCAGCGCGGGCGCUUCCUGCGCGUCCGCCAGACCGUCAACCGCGGCCCGGGGCUGGGCGCCGCGCAGGGCCAGACCAUCGCGCUGCCGGCGCAGGGCCUGAUCGAGUUCCGCGACGCGCUGGCCAAGCUCAUCGACGACUACGGCGUGGAGGAGGAGCCGGCCGAGCUGCCCGAGGGCACCUCCUUGACUGUGGACAACAAGCGCUUCUUCUUCGACGUGGGCUCCAACAAGUACGGCGUCUUCAUGCGGGUGAGCGAGGUGAAGCCCACCUACCGCAACUCCAUCACCGUCCCCUACAAGGUCUGGGCCAAGUUCGGCCACACCUUCUGCAAGUACUCGGACGAGAUGAAGAAGAUCCAGGAGAAGCAGCGGGACAAGCGCGCCGCCGCCGCCGCCCCCGCGGGCUCCGGGGCCGGGCCCGAGCCGCCGCCCGAGGCCGAGGGCAGCGCGGCCGCCGCCGCCGCCGCCGCCGCCGCCGCCGCCGCCGCCGCCGCCGGGCCGCCCGGCGCCCUGCUGCAGGCCGACGAGCCCGAGGAGGACUGA